AGGCUCUUGGUACGAACCAUCUUAUUGCCGUGACUACACCUUGUGCGCUGAGGAACAAAUUGAAGAAAACAAGGAAGCAGUCCGGGAGAGAGCAAGACUUCUAGAAGUGGUUCGACGAAGAAAGGCGUUCGACAGGAGAAUGGACUUGAUGGAGAAACAGCUAGAGAUGACUCUUAAGAAAUUAGAAAGUCCUAUCAACUCUCAAAAGAGGGAAAGGGAACUGGGACUCGAGACCAUUCUUGAACCAGUAUUCGAAGAGAAGGAUGAGGAAGUUGUCUUAGAGGCAACCAACUCACUUCUUCCUACCUAUGUUGAAGACACACCUUCAGAGGAUCCUGUUCUGGAGGAAAACGAGCCUAAUACUUACUCCCAAGAUAAGAACGAUUCUGAAGAGGUAGCUAUGGAUGAUGUAGUUCUUCCCUUAGAAGAACCAACUCUAUUUAUAAAAACCUCUGCGUCCAAUUCAUCACCAGAGGACUCUGACCAAAGCUUCCUUGACUCUCUACUAGACGGGUAUGACGAUGUCUGCCCGAAGGAUAGUUGGAGUCAAAUGAGUUGGGAUGACCUUCUGUUGAGUGAUGUUGAAGACUCACCCAUAAGGGAAGAUAAAGUCAUAGUCAUAGAGCCACACAAGACUAGUCAACCCAUUGAGGACAACGAAGAAACCCAUUCAGCAAUUGAGGCCAAUGAUGUGGAUCUUUGGAGGAGACCUCCGCCACCACCCAUUAAUCAACAGUCUCCUCCAUUCAUCCUGCUGCCACCUAGCCGCAGGGAAGAGUCAAGGAUCCUAGACCUUGACUAUGCAUAUUAUCGUAUAAGGUGGCAUCAGAAAAGAGUCUGUAGGAUGGAUGUUGCAUGGAUGGUGCCGCACGGUGAUCGACGCACGCUGCAGGAUAUGGAUGCUCUUCCGUUCACGUCAGAGGAGGCAAGGAAGAAGUUCAUGGUGUGGGGAAACUCGAAGUCGCUCCAGCCACCUCUGGUACUAGACCCUGCUCACCUAGACCCGAUUGGGCACUCACAAGCGAUUGACGGUUUCCUCUACGACCCGAAGUGGAGAGUCUUGCUAUUCUUGCAUGCACCAUCCCGCCUUGAGCUCACCGUCGAGUUUCUCUGUUCCCUUCGCUUCUUCAAUGAUGGUGAAGAAGCCAAAGCACCAGCUGAAGUCACCUCCUCUACUAAGGUGUUCUUCACGCUGACAGGAAGACGACUCAAGCUUUCGGUGGCAGAUUUAGGAUGGGUGCUGGGCUUGUACACUCUUGACGAGACGAGGAGCAAGGACUUUGCCGACCUGCCGAAUGAUUUGGAUGCAGAGUUCAAUGCUAGGAAGUUUUGGCACGCGAAUGGUCAAGGGAUGUUCCAUAGUGGCGCAACUCGCUUCCUGUUUGGGCAGUCUAUCACUGAGCAGGAAGGCGUUCUGUGUGGGCCCAUGGUGACAUUGUUGGCGCGCGGGCUAUAUAUGGCAGUUGCUGAUGUGAUUCCAGAGUCCAUCAGCAUGUUCAGGCCACCACCGGGUUACUUGGCGCAGAUUGCCUUCAACAGAGAUGACGAGGAGGUGCGCCCAAAGAAGCAGCGGUCCAUCCUGAUGACUCUCCGCGAGCUCUCGCAGGCUGUGUUUGCUUUUCAGGACUCCGUGGACUCCUGCCUGAGGGGUAUCGAGACCAUUCUCGAGACCCAGCAGUGGCAGGUUGAGGCAAUCAUGGAGCAUGUCCUAGAGCUUAAGGGGAAGGAGGCGCAGGAGCCCAAGGCCAAGGAAGAAGCCAAGCCGAAGAAACGCCAAGGAUUAAUGUCUUCAAGCCAGCAAAUCAACGCCACUUCUGCUCAGACUCCGGUACCACAGCCUUCACCUUUCCAGCCACAGGUGGUCAGUGCUGUGGCCCGUGUCAACUUGACCGGUUCACUCAACGCCGCUGGUUCGUCACGCCCUCCACAGAGCGCCCAUCUUCAGAUUACUCUUGAUGGUCAUUGCAUCUCUGUGGAAAGUGAUUAUGAAGAGUGGGACGUCCCCAUGGCCCACAAGAAGAAAAAGGGAAAGGCCCUCAGGUCGAAAACUUCCCGAAAAUCCGCCUUCGAAAGGCUUGGAGAUAGGGAAGAGGGAGAGGGGAGGGAGGCCGAGCUUGCCCGUACCCAGCGCUCCCGGUCGAACCAUCAGGAGCCUGCGAAAACAAGGGCUUCACGCCAGGAAGAAGAAGCAAAGAGCCAACCCCGGGGACCGGUGAUUAAUCGGCUGACCAUACCGGGUGAUCGCUUCCAGUAUAUGGAGGCAAAACUUGAGAGGUUGGGGAAGAAAGUUGGAGAGAAGAGUGACCGGGAUAAACCCCUAGCUGGGUCCCCGUUCACUACGAGGGUCCAUGUGACACCUUUCCUGCGAGAGGUCAAGAUAGACGCCCCAAGGUUUACCGGGAAGGAGGAUCCAGGAAUCCACCUGGAUUCCUUCAAUCAGAGUGCAACCAUGAACAGGCAGAGGGGAUCUGAGAACCUCACUCAAUUCCUUACCCGGUGGAAAGAAGAGGUGGACAAGGUUGAAGAGAUGGAUGAAAAGACAGUCUUGUCUCUCCUCUUGAAUGGCUUACGUGCCAAGGAACUGUACAAAGAGUUCUGCCGGAAACCCCCGGCCACGUGGAGAUUCGGCCGCGCAGCGGAAGAACUAGGACCGCAGCAUUUACGUCGGAGAAGCUUCACGGGAGAUACCGUCAAAGCCGAAGGGUCAAUAGUCCUACCGGUCGAACUCGGAUCGGGGGACAAAACUGUGUGGAAAAGGAUGCGGUUCAUCGUUGUGGACAUCAAGUGCGUCCACAACGCAAUAUUAGGAAGACCGGGCAUCAACAAAGUCCGAGCGGUCAUCUCCAUGCCUCACCUGUGCAUGAAGUUCCACACGCCAGGCGGUGUGAAAGAGGUGAAAGGCGACCAGAGGAAUGCCCAUGAGUGCUAUGCCCGGGCAGUGAAAAAGAUGACGAAGGGGGUCAACGUCAUCUCCCAAGAAAUCACAAAGGGAGAGACCCGGGAGAAGCUGGAGCCCGAGGCUGAAACGGUGGAGAUCAAACUCGACCCGGGUGAUCCCUCAAAGAUGGUCAGAAUUGGAGCAAAUCUACCAGAGGAUCUCAAGAUGGAGAUAACCCGUGUCCUCCAAGAAUAUGCCAGCAUAUUCGCAUGGAGCGUAGCAGAUAUGCCCGGCAUUGAUCGCUCAAUGAUCUGCCACCGGUUGGCUACGAGAGGAACUUUUUUCCGUUGGAGCGUUUUGAGUGAAGAGAGAGAACAAGGAGCCGUUGUUGACUUGAUUUGGAGAGCAAUUCAUGGCCGAACGUUGAAGGAGAUGCGUUACUACCGAUUUGAAUAGGUCGCUGCUCCUCUCCUGGUCUUGCGCUAGCUUCAAUCGCAGGAAGCAUUUUUUUUUCUUGCGUGAGUUUGAAUUUGGGGGAAGGAGACUUGGGCUUAUCUUUGUUUAAUUGAGUUGUUGAUGAUGGGUUUGGGCUCCGGUCCAAACUCAAUCUUCUCUUUUCAAACUUGAGCUUCAAUUUGGCCUUUUACUGCAAUUUAUUCCAAAACAAAUAGGAUAUCUGGUA